GAGAUUACAUACAUUGUAUAUUACUCCAUGUCUCCAUAUACAUAUUAUCAGCUUCUCAGGCCCGGCCGCACCGUUGAGCGUUGACCCACUAGAAAACACCAGCCGUUCGAGAGCCGUGAUUUAUUUAAUGCGACUUCAUAUUUAACUAAUAGAAAACUUGCAGAUCUAAAUGUUGAAGAAUUUAUGACGACAGCUUUUGAUUCAGAAGGAGAUGGAGGUUUUGAUGAAGAAAACGGGGAAGAAUCUGACAAAGAGAUUAAAACCAAAAAGGUAAAGAAGCAGAAAAAGAAGACCAAAGAAAUCGGAGACAAGGAGGUAAAGAAACCAAAAGGCAAAGCCACUGAGCACAAGGAUCAACUCUCUCGCCUCCAAGAAAAGGACCCUGAGUUUUACAAGUUUCUGAAGGAUAAUGACCAAACUCUGCUGAACUUCAAUGACUCGGACAGCUCAGAUGAAGAGAGUGGUGCUCACCAACUUCCCGACCACCUAGAGGAAAUGAGCGAAGAUGAUGAAGAUAAGGAAAGUGAGGAAGAGAAGCCGCAAAAAAAGCAAAAAGCAGAUCAGAUUGUAGUCACGUUGAAAAUGGUACAGCGUUGGAAGUCAGAAGUGAAGUCUGACUUGCGGCCAAGACUCUUUCACGAGAUUGCUCAAGCCUUUAAAGCUGCGGUGGCGACCACAGAAGGAGCAGCAAGUGAUAAUCCCAGCAAGUUUAAAGUUACUGACACGGCAGUGUUCAAUGCGCUAGUGACAUUUUGCAUCAGAGACCUGUUUGUUCACCUAGAGAAGAAGCUAGACCUGAAGCCAGCAAAGGGAACAAAGUUGUUGAAUCCGUCAAACAGUGCACUUUGGAAGAAACUGCGUUUGGAUAUUAAAAUGUAUUUAAACUCUGUCAUCCAGCUCCUCAGUUGUCUCACAGAAGCCACAGUCUGUGCGGCUGUUCUACAGCAUGUUAACAGUACAGUCCAUUAUUACCUGUGCUUUCCAAAACACACCCGACAGCUCCUAAAGCAAGCGAUUGCUCUGUGGAGCACUGGGGAGGAAACCGUCAGGGUUGUAGCAUUCUUGGUGCUGAAUAAGAUCUGCAGACACAGGAAGGACUCCUAUCUUAACCCAGUUCUGAAGAAAAUGUACAUCUCGUAUGUGAAGAAUUCUAAAUUCACAUCUCCCAACGUCCUGCCAAUGAUCAACUUCAUGCAGCGUACUCUAACUGAAAUGUACGCCCUGGAUGUCCAGGCCUCAUACCAGCACGUAUUUAUAUACAUCAGACAGCUAGCUAUCCAUCUGCGGACUGCCAUGACUCUUAAAAAGAAGGGGGCUUAUCAGUCAGUAUAUAAUUGGCAAUACGUUCACUGUCUGUAUCUGUGGUGCAGGGUGCUGAGUACAAUCCACCCUAAUGAGGUACUGGAGCCUCUCAUUUAUCCUUUGGUCCAAGUAAUUACCGGAUGCAUCAGGCUUGUCCCAACCAUUCGUUACUUUCCUCUGAGGAUGCACUGCGUACGGGCCUUGACGCUGCUAUCUGAAAGCACUGGCGUCUUCAUCCCAGUGUUACCUUUUCUUCUGGAGGUUUUCCAUCAAGUAAAUUUUGACAAAAGGCCGGGGAGAAUCAGCGUAAAACCAAUUAACUUUGCCGUGAUCCUGAAAUUGUCCAAUGCCAACCUGCAGGAGAAAGUUUUCAGGGAUGGGCUCAUUGAUCAGAUCUAUGACCUGACGCUGGAAUACUUGCACAGCCAGGCUCACUUCAUUGGGUUUCCAGAGCUGGCGCUCCCGUGUAUUAUACAGCUGAAAUCUUUCCUUAAGGAAUGUAAAGUUUCCAAUUACUGCAAGCCAAUGCGCCAGCUGGUGGAGAAGAUCCAAGAGAAUUCGUCCUACAUAACUAGCAAGAGGCAGAAGUGCGCCUUUGGGGUGUCUGACAGGGAUGCUGUGUUGAGAUGGGAAAAGCAGAUAAAGGAAGAGGGGACACCACUGUCCAAAUAUUUCACCAACUGGAAGAAACUGAGGGAGAAGGAGAUUCAGCUGGAGAUCAGUGGCAAGGAGAGGAUGGAGGAUUUAAAUCUACCAGAGAUCAAGAGGAAAAGACUGGAUAAGAAGGAAGAAGAUAAAAGAGAAUUCAAAGACCUGUUUGACUCUGACAGCGACUCAGACAGUGGCCCUGGUGGCUUGUCACUAAAAGGAAAGCCGAAACCCAAGCACAAGGGUGAGUCGUCUGAUGAGAGCUCAGAAGAGGAGGUAGAGGGUGAAUAUAAGGUGGAGGAUGAUGAUAGCAGUGGUUUGGAUGGGGAAUCGCAGGAUGAAGACGAGGAGGUGGGGGGAGAAGUUGGAGCCCACAAGAAAAAGAAACAGAAGAAGAAAAAGGAGGAGCAGCGCCUCUCGCAGGCCGACUUGAAAGAAUUAGCCAAGGGAGAGGAAGAUAUUGUGCAGGAUCUGGAAUUCUCAGACGAUGAGUAAACACUCAGCGAUUGUACCAAUAACUCUUCCUCUGCUGGAUGUAGUCCGUGGCUGCUGUGCACAAGAUAUCUCACAGAACGUUCUGAGCAGCGGAAUAAGAGACACCUGGUACCAGCCUCUGUGCUGCUUCUGCCGCCACUGUGGAAAAAUUGGCAUCUUGGCAGAGAGGACCUGCCUAAUUGAUGUGUAUAAAAGAUUUGCAUUAACUAUAUUAAAAUUACAUCAUGCACCCCAAAUAUAGCACCGAUAACUGAUAUGAAGACGAAGUGUUGCCAGAUGUGGAGAGGAAGGGCAUCCAUGAGUAUUUCAGCAUCUAAACAUUUUAGAGUUACAACACAGUUAUGCCACUCUGGGUAUAUAUCAUUCUCAGGAUGUGUGGGGUUAUUCUGUCUGUAUUUGAUGUACAUGUCCGUAAACAGCUGCGUUAUACAGUAUCAAGCCUUUGACUGUCGGCAAAACCACAGGUUUUUUUUGAGCUCCAUCAUUUCAAUCUUGAGGCUGAGAUGCUAAAUUCCUAACUGUACUAUUGUAUAUAGAACAUGUUAACAUAGCUGUAUUACAUAUUAAAAAAGCAAUGGCUACUAUUUUUUAAUUCUUUAUAAUAAACAGAUUGUUAAUUUAA